UCAUCGUUGUAGGUUAUGUAGGUAGGUAGUAUGUGUGUGUGUGUGUGUUUGUUGGUUUUGCUCACAGUGAAGUGAUAUGACAUGAGAUUUUUAUUUCGUAAAAGAAAUUCAUCAAUUUAUAAACAAAUACUUGAAAGUGAGACCCGUGUUGUGCUAAGAUAAACAGUUUAUUUUAAACGCUUUACAUAUUGACUGGACAAUGGAGGAUAAGUUGUGUUUGGAAGAUGUUUCGAGCAGUUUGAGGGAGAGGGUGUUUUUCGCUGCCAGGGAUGGAAUGUCUUUAACGCUUUAUGCUUUGUUAUAUGAAAAAAGCACAGAUGAAAUUGACGAACUCCUGAACAGUGACGUAUGUUGCGAUGGAGUGAAGUGCACACCACUGACCGCGGCUGCGCGGCAUGGACGCGAGGGCGCAGUCAGGAUAUUGCUGGAGAAGUUCCGGCCACCAGUGCGGCUGGAAACGGAGGGGACGGUCAAGUUUGACGAGUAUGUUAUUGAAGGUGCAACAGCGCUAUGGUGCGCGGCGGGGGCCGGCCAUCUUGGCAUAGUGAAGCGGCUUGUGCGCUCCGGCGCGAACGUGAACCACGCUACGAAGACACUGAGCACGCCCCUACGCGCGGCGUGCUUCGACGGAAGGCUCGACAUCGUCAAGUACCUCGUGCGGCACGGCGCCGACAUACACAAGGCUAACAAGUACAACAACACUUGCCUCAUGAUCGCCGCGUACAAGGGCCAUUUGGACGUGGUACAAUUCCUGCUGGACAGCGGCGCGCGAGUGGACGAGCGUGCGCUGUGCGGCGCCACGGCGCUGCACUUCGCGGCCGAGUGCGGGCACGCAGCCGUCGUGUGCGCGCUCAUCGACCAUAACGCCAAGAUACUUACUAACGAAAAUGGCAUGACCCCCCUGCAGUGCGCAGCGGAGCGUGCGCGCGCGUCGGUAGUGGAGAUCCUGGCGGCGCGGCCCGAGGUGACGCGGGCGCAGGCCAUAGAGGCGUACGAGCUGCUCGGCGCCUCCUUCGCCAACGAUAAGGAGUACUAUUGUUUACGGAUGGCAUAUCAGUACCUCCACCGUGCUAUGGCGAUGCGGUAUGACACACGGUAUGGUCUUCUACUGAAGAAACCAGCGGACCCUAUACCUGCUUACGAUAACUGGCGGGAGAGCACUACUGUUGAGGAAGUGGAGCGUCUCCACAACAACGCGCACGCGCUGCACAUGGAGGGCCUGACGGUGCGCGAGCGCCUCCUGGGGCGGCAGUGCCCCGACCUGCCGCACCCCGUGGUGUUCCGGGGCGCGGUGUUCGCCGACGAGGCGCGCUUCGACCGCUGCCUGGCCCUGUGGAGGCAUGCCUUGCACUUACGGCAGCAUAAUUCGGUAUCAGUUGUAAAGGACCUACUCAGAUUUGCUCAAGUUUUCUCGCAGAUGAUUCACAUCGGAAUUGAAUUGCCGCUUCAGCAGGUAUGCUUCGUGCUAGAGGCGUGCGCAGAGGAGCUGCGCCGGGGCUUGAAACGGAUCGAGAAGCCGCAAGUGAGCCACGACCCUGACGCCCUUAUGAGCCUGUGCCGCGCGCUCCUCUUGCAGGAGGAGUACGAGAGUAACGUGCGCACCGCACUCUACCUGGUGGCUGUGGCGGCGCGGCUGCUCGAGAACCCGGGUAACAAUGAGGACACGGUGUGCGCGGUCCGCCGCGCGGUGUUCAGCCUGCGCGGCGCGCGGCUGCGCUGCGGCCAUACGCUGCUGCACUUGGCGGCCGACCGGCGGACCCCCGUCGACGACUUCCACACCAGCGACGUUUGCCAGUUCGUAUCCUAUUCUAAUUGUGUACCUAGAUUCCCCUGUGCAAGAACGACGCGGCUCUUGUUAGAGUGCGGUGUUGAAGUAGACGCGGCCGACGAGAUGCGGCGGACGGCACUACACGUGGCACUCAUAUCCUACCAGCUGAUUCCAGCCAGCGUUGACAACCAGGAACGCGAGGCCUGGAGCGAAGCGGUGAUGGGCGUGGCGUGCGAGUUGCUGAGUCGGGGCGCGCACGUGGACGCUGUCGACGCCGACGGGAUCACGCCGCUCAUAGCAGCUAUCGGCAGUCCCGCCGAGAGCGUGGUCCGCGCGGCGCUGUCCCCGCGCCUGUCGUGCCUGGCGGCGGGCGCGCUGGCCCGCGCGCGGCUGCGCUACCCGCGCCACCACGUGCCGCGCGACCUGCACGCCUUCCUCACCAUGCACGCCGUGUUCCCGCUCAACUAGGCGCCGGCGACAACACCCGCCCGUUUGUCGAAUGUUAUAACACAGGUAAUGCACUCAAAAGUCGCUGUGAGAGUAUACAUUUAUAUGUAUAA